GCGAAACUUUAUCGUCAAGGAAUGGCAACACAAAGAUGGGAUUUUGGAAAUAUUAAAAAAAAUUCAAGUGACCCUAUCCAUGAUCCUGCUCCCUGCAAUAGACCUAACUUGCCACACUUUCAAAUAAAUAUUCCUGUAGGUGAAGUAUUUUGGGACCCGCCAUUUCCCAUUCCACCAGGAUAUGUAUCAAUAAUCCCCCCUGUGGUUACAAUCAACAAUUUCACUAUUGACUUGUACUUGAUACAACAAGUAGCUUUAGAAGCUGAAAUGUGA